AUGUCUUCAACAUUUAGCGGCGAUGAAACGGCACCGUUCUUUGGCUUCCUCGGCGCAGCGGCUGCCCUAGUCUUCUCCUGUAUGGGGGCAGCGUAUGGGACCGCGAAGAGUGGGGUGGGAGUUGCGUCCAUGGGGGUGAUGAGGCCGGAGCUGGUGAUGAAGUCGAUUGUGCCGGUGGUUAUGGCUGGUGUUUUGGGUAUUUACGGUUUGAUUAUUGCCGUGAUUAUAAGUACUGGAAUUAACCCAAAGGCUAAGUCUUACUAUCUUUUUGAUGGUUAUGCUCACCUUUCUUCUGGUCUUGCUUGUGGCCUCGCUGGACUUUCUGCUGGUAUGGCUAUUGGAAUUGUUGGUGAUGCCGGUGUUAGAGCCAAUGCACAGCAGCCAAAGCUUUUUGUAGGGAUGAUCCUCAUUCUCAUUUUUGCUGAAGCACUGGCUCUCUAUGGACUUAUCGUUGGCAUCAUCCUCUCUUCUCGAGCUGGUCAGUCUAGAGCGGAUUAG